CAAGGUCACGUCCUGCACAACCCCCUUCCCCCCUCCACCUUCUACCACAGCAAAGACAGGGCCUCAGUAAGUUCCGCCGAUUAUAGUUUUUUUUUUAAGUCUCCGUAUUUUCUGACUUGGGGUUUAUGUGAAACCUUAGUCAAACGGCCCACCACAGCUUCCUCUCUCGGGGCGUAACAGAAUAGGCCUACAACUCCCAGGUGGCUCCGCGCGCGCCGGUCGGACUACAACUCCCAGCAGGCAGCGCGGCGGGCGGGCGGCCCUCGGCGGUGCCCGCAGGCCCCGGAGCGGGCGCGGGCUGCCCAGAGCGGCGCCCUCAGGACCCCGGCACCUACUCAUGCCUAGGUGAGUUCGCGUGAACUGCUGCUGCCGCCGAACCGUCCCCGCCGCCGCCUCGCGCGGCCCCGCCGCCGGCCAGGAUGCUGGAGGAAGCAGGAGAGGUGCUGGAGAACAUGCUGAAGGCGUCCUGCCUGCCGCUCGGCUUCAUCGUCUUCCUGCCCGCCGUGCUGCUGCUCGUGGCGCCGCCGCUGCCCGCCGCUGACGCGGCGCACGAGUUCACCGUGUACCGCAUGCAGCAGUACGACCUGCAGGGACAGCCCUACGGCACGCGGAACGCGGUGCUUAACACGGAGGCGCGCACCAUCGACGCGGAUGUGCUGAGCCGGCGCUGUGUGCUCAUGCGGCUGCUGGACUUCUCGUAUGAGCGCUACCAGCGCGCCCUACGCCAGUCGGCCGGUGCCGUGGUCAUCAUCCUGCCACGGGCCAUGGCUGCGGUGCCGCAGGACGUCAUUCGGCAAUUCAUGGAGAUCGAGCCCGAGAUGCUGGCCAUGGAGACCGUCGUGCCCGUGUACUUCGCCGUGGAGGACGACGCCCUGCUGUCCAUCUACGAGCAGACGCAGGCUGCGUCCACCUCUCAGGGCUCCGCCUCUGCCGCCGAAGUGCUGCUGCACACCGCCACCGCCAACGGCUUCCAGAUGGUCACUAGCGGGGUCCAGAGCAAGGCCGUGAGCGACUGGCUCAUCACCAGUGUGGAGGGGCGGCUGACCGGGCUGGGCGGAGAGGACCUGCCCACCAUCGUCAUCGUGGCCCACUACGACGCCUUCGGGGUGGCCCCGUGGCUGUCGCACGGUGCGGACUCCAAUGGAAGUGGCAUCUCUGUGCUGCUGGAGCUCACCCGUCUCUUCUCCAGGCUCUAUACCUACAAGCGUACCCACGCCGCGUACAACCUCCUGUUCUUUGCGUCUGGAGGAGGAAAGUUCAACUACCAGGGCACCAAGCGCUGGUUAGAAGACAAUCUGGACCACACAGAUUCCAGCCUGCUCCAGGACAACGUGGCCUUUGUCCUCUGCCUGGACACCCUGGGCCGGGGAGACAGCCUGCACCUGCAUGUGUCCAAGCCGCCCAGGGAGGGGACGCUACAGCACUCCUUCCUGCGGGAGCUCGAGACGGUGGCCGCCCACCAGUUCCCUGAAGUGCGGUUCUCUAUGGUGCACAAGAAGAUCAACCUGGCGGAGGACAUCCUGGCCUGGGAGCAUGAGCGCUUCGCCAUCCGCCGGCUGCCUGCCUUCACCCUGUCCCAUCUGGAGAGCCACCGUGAUGGCCAGCGCAGCAGCAUCAUGGACGUGCGGUCCCGGGUUGACUCCAAAACUCUGACCCGAAACACGAGGCUGAUCGCCGAGGCCCUGACCCGUGUCAUCUACAACCUGACAGAGAAGGGGACGCCCCCGGAUAUGCCCGUCUUCACGGAGCAGAUGCAGAUCCAGCGGGAACAGCUGGACUCGGUGAUGGACUGGCUGACCGCCCAGCCACGGGCCGCCCAGCUGGUGGGCAAGGACGGCACGUUCCUCAGCACGUUGCAGCACCACCUCGGCCACUACCUGAAGGAGGUCAGGCCGCACCACGUCAAGGCCGACAAGCGGGACCCUGAGUUUGUCUUCUACGACCAGCUGAAGCAGGUGAUGAACGCCUACAGGGUCAAGCCGGCCAUUUUCGACCUGCUUCUGGCCGUCUGCAUCGGCGCCUACCUCGGGAUGGCCUACACGGCGGUCCAGCACUUCGACCUCCUGUACAAAACAGUUCAGAGACUGCUGAAGGCCAAGACGCAGUGACGCGGCUGCUCGGCGCCGGCAGGAGGGCAGGGCCUUGCCCCUCGGCCUCGGCGGCUGUAACCCUGAAUUACAGAGCUUUUCUGUGUUGCUCUUGAGGA